GAAAAAGAAAUGACGGAAUUUAGUCGACUUCAGGAAUUGUCCACACAGUCAAAGAAAAAUUGACUACAGAAAUAAAUUCUUGAAUUCUAGGAACGUUCAAUUGUUAUUCAAUUCAAUAGCAAUUCUUCGACUAAAGUGGGAACUCGGUUAUUUUAAUUUCUGUGUGGAGAAUAGAAUUAAAUAUGAAGAGACUCUUGGUUUCUAUUUCUCUUCUUUUACUGUGGACAUGUUUAAUACUAGCUGGACCACGAGUGAAAAUCAGGAAUGGAAGACUGGAAGGAUCAAUUAUGAGAUCAAGAAAAGGAAGAGACAUCUUCGCAUUCCGGGGAAUUCCAUACGCUCGUCCACCAGUAGGAGAGUUAAGAUUUGAGCCACCACAGCCAGCGGCCUCCUGGAAAGGAAUUCGUUCAGCUCAGGAUGACGGAAACAUCUGUCCCCAGCAGGAAUACAUGCACAUCGCAGCCAGAAUGAUUGGUUCAGAGGAUUGUCUCUAUUUGAAUGUCUUCACCCCAGAAUUGCCUGGUGUUUCGAAAAAAAAUAUUUAUCCUGUCCUGGUGUGGAUCCACGGUGGAGGCUGGUUCGUUGGAAGUGGUUCGUCAAAACUCUACGGCCCUCAGUACCUUCUCGAUUACGAAAUCAUUCUUGUGACUCUGAACUACCGACUGGGACCUCUGGGACUUCUCAGUACUGGAGAUGAUGUCAUCCCAGGAAAUUUCGCUUUCAAGGAUCAAGUGCUGGCACUUCACUGGGUUCAAGAGAAUAUUGCAGCCUUUGGUGGUGAUCCUGGGAGAGUGACAAUUGCUGGUGACAGUGCUGGAGGGACGAGUGUGCAUUAUCUCAUGUUGAGUCGACUUGCUAGAGGACUCUUCCAUCAGGCAAUCGCCGAGAGUGGAUCAGCUGUCAAUAAUUGGGCAUACAAUCCACCAAAUCUUUCGAGGAAUAAGACUCAUCGUCUUGCUAAGGAACUCGGCUGUCCUGUCACUACAUCCCAGAAAAUCAGGGAUUGUCUGAGCAAAAUAAAUGCCAGUGUAAUUAAUGGACAGACUGCCGGAUGGCCGGUUAUCAAUGGAUUUCCAUUCCUUAAAUUCCGUCCAGUCCUAGAAUCCAACAAGUCUGGGGCUUUUUUGAUAGAUACAGCAGAGGAAUUAAUGAAGCAUGGGGAGUUCUCCGAUGUUCCCUGGUUGCUUGGUGUGAAUGCUCAGGAAGGAUCUAUCUUCACAAUCGGGCUGUAUUUAUCACCUGAUCAGAGAGAGCUUAAACGUUUCAACGACAAUUUUUUCGAUCUUGCGCCGAUACUGCUCCAGUUGGAUCCCGCCUGUCCGAAGGAUGAUCUGAAGACAAUCUGUCAGAAGCUCCGUCAUUAUUACCUGAAAAAUAAGAUAAUCGAUGAAUCCAAUAGGAGAUCUUUUAUUGAUAUGAUGUCCGAUGGUCAAAUUAAAUUGGCGAGUGCCAUGGCAGCGAAAUUGUAUCAAAAAAUAGCUAAAAGUUCAGUUUACUUUUAUCAUUUUGAGUACGCCGGAAAUGUAUCAUUCAGCCCGUCCGAUCCGAAGAGACCACAUGGAGCUUCCCAUGGCGAUGAAGUUCUGUAUCUCUUUCCCCACGAUGAGGGGUUACCUGAAUUCGUCAGAAGUGAACGAGAUUUUGAAAUGGUUGAUGUAAUGACAACGUUGUGGACAAAUUUUGUCAUAUCCGGAAAACCUUACCUUGAGAAUGCGCCUGAGUCAUUCGUUGAAUGGGCCCCGGUACAAUCUGAUGCCAUCGAGACAUUUAUGAUAGAGAGUCCCACGAGUUCUAGGAUGUCACAAUAUUUUUUUAAAAAUAUGACCAACAUAUGGUCCAGUCUACCCUGUCGUGCUGGUUUUUUAUAUGCCAAGAGUGGCCUUCGCCCACAGUACGACCAUAAAUUAUCAAAUGCUCUAUAUCUAUUAUUAAUUGCACUUACUUUCAUGUAUUACAUGAUUAAUUAAUGUAGCUAAGUGAAAAUAAAAUAAAUAAUUCACCACAAUGAUCGUUGAUUUUCAUUUA